UGCGUCUUGUAACCAAAUGAUUUUUCGUGUGCAUAGCUUAUCAAUACUGCGUUAUUAAAUGUCUUUAAAAUGACCUUUUCAUGUUCAACGUGUGAUCUGAACACUGCGGAAAAAGUGGAUUUACCAAAUUCACCAUGGACGACUGGGGUAACUUAGCGGAAGCUGAGGAGGAACAGUCCCGCAGACUGGCCACGCUUAAGGAAUACUGUAAGAAAAAUAUCUCAACGGGUGACCCAAGGAGAGUCAGUGUUCAGGGCCACCUAUUGUUUUAUGAUAACAUUAAAACAAUCUACUGCUAUAUUCCUAAGGCUGGGUGCAAAACAAUGAAAUUGUUAUUUUACAAUCUAGAGUACAAUAAAACCGAAAGGUUGAUUAGUGUUGGUACUGCCGAUUUCGAAGGAAAGGAAGCUGAUUAUAUCGCUCCUAACGCGCACAAGAGUGGUUGGAUCCACGGACGAGGGCAUAAAAAAAUGAAGCACUACAGUGAGGAAGAGUUAAGUCUGCGUCUUGCGACCUACAGGAAGAUCAUCGUUGUUCGUGACCCGUUUGAAAGGUUGGCAUCUGCGUGGCUUAACAAAUUUGUCAACAUGCCAGCACGUGGGACUUUGAGCUGGGUCAAGGGUUUAAAUCAUCGCCUGAGAAACUAUCAAGAGCGUAACCAACCAGACAAG